AUGGUUAAGUCAAUCGUCGCAGCCAUUUUGUCUGAUACAAAUUUUAUUGAAAAAAUAGUUCACUCUGUCGUCGCCAAAGUGAAAGAACUAGUUGAACCGUUAAUGGCUAUACAAAAUGAAAAAAUUAGCGAACUUGAAGAUAAAAUUACUCAAUUAGAAGCAAAUCUAACUGAUCAAAAUUUAUUCGUCUCUAAACUUGAAAGCAGCGUAAAGACAUUGAAAGAUAAAUCUAAUCAUCUGGAACAGUAUGGGCGGCUUGAUAAUUUAGGAAUCCAUGAUGUUCCCGAAAUACAAGAUGAAAAUAUGCACAAUAUUGUCAUGAAUUUAGCUACAUAA